CAUUAUUUAGGCGUGCAAAUACAGAAUGAAAUAUUGUCGUCUAAAGUAAGAAAUAAAUAUUUUAGAAAUGGUUCUCAGUUCAAAAUAUUUUUCAAUAAUAUUAGAUUGUACACCAGACACUAGUCAUACUGAGCAUAUUAGUCUUGUUCUGAGGUAUGUUGUCCUUAAAAAGGGUUGAAGUUAAGGAAAGUUUUAUUGCGUUUAAUCCAAUACUGGACUCUACAGGGGAAGGGAUAUACACAUUUGUGACAGAAAUUUUGAAAAAAUUAAAUUUAGAUAUAAAAAAUAUUAGGGGACAAGGUUAUGAUAAUGGGGCAAACAUGAAGGGAAAGCAUGUUGGGCUUCAAAAACGCAUUCUUGAUGCGAAUCCGAGAGCCUUUUUUGUACCUUGUGCGGCUCAUACUUUGAACUUAACAGUAAAUGACGCUUCUAAGGUGUCAGAUGCUACAAUAAACUUUUUUAAUCCACAAAAAGGUGAGAUGUUAUGAGAAAAAAUAUCCCCGAGUUAAGUUUAAAGACUCUAAGUGAGACAAGAUGGUCCAAAUCACAUCUGAAAAUUAACUACUUCUGAAGUUAUUGUCAUCCCAGUGAAUUGUUGAUUAACUGCUAUGACAAUCAGUAUUCGUUAAUGUGUUAAUUAUGGCUUUGCAAGGAAUGGUUAUGAGUUUAUAUUCG